AUGGCUGUCGACAUGAAGAACGGAGCUUUCGAGCUCGACAACGCCGACAUCCCCAAGGGCGACCGUGUUCUUCCCAUGUUCUCCUUGAAGGGCCGUACAGCCAUUGUUUCUGGCGCUGGCGCGGGUAUUGGUCUCGGUGUUGCGCAGGGUCUCGCCGAGGCCGGCGCCAACGUCGCCAUCUGGUACAACAGCAACAAGCAGGCUCUCGUGGAGGCGGAGAAUAUUGAGAAGACCUACGGCGUCAAGUGCCGCGCGUAUCAGGUGAAUGUUGUGUCUCCUGAGGCUGUCGAGAAGGCCAUCAAUGAAAUCGUCGCCGAAUUCAACGGUCGUCUGGACGUCUUUGUCGCCAACUCCGGCAUCGCCUGGGAAGACGGCGCCUUCAUCGACGGAAGCACCGAAACCGCCAAGAAGGUCAUGGCGGUCAAUGUCGAUGGUGUGAUGUGGUGCGCGAAGACCGCUGGUGCUCACUUCCGUCGCCAGAAGAAGGAGGGCACCACACUCGAUGGCAAGCCUUUGGAGAACUUCAUCGCCGGCAGCUUCAUUGCCACAGCGUCGAUGAGCGGGAGCAUUGUGAACAUCCCGCAACUGCAGGCUGUGUAUAACGGUUCCAAGGCAGCCGUCAUCCACUUCUGCAAGAGCUUGGCUGUCGAGUGGACUGGUUUCGCCCGUGUCAACACAGUGUCUCCCGGAUACAUCCAGACCGAGAUCUCGCACUUUGCGGAUGCCGAGGUGAAGAAGCAAUGGAAGAGCAAGACACCGGCUGGUCGCGAGGGUGUCGUGAGCGAGCUCAAGGGAUCGUUCCUCUACUUGGCCUCGGAUGCCGCCUCCUACACAACUGGUCUAGACCUCAUUGUCGAUGGCGGCUACUGCCUGCCCUGA